AUGAGUGACAAAUUGUACGACGGUUCCUCUUCCUGUUUAAAAGUGUCCGAAAGAAAAAAAAAACAUUUUAAGAACCAUGGAGGUAAGAGUAAAUCUGUUCCUGUAAGUUCAACAUCAGAUGGAUCUACAAAUGUUCACAAAGAGAAGAAAACAAAUGAAAUGAAAUGUGAUGUGGACAAUGUUCAAGAAAUUAAAACCAGUAAAGAAAAAAAGGAACAACCAGAGAAAAAUUCAUCUGUUGAAGACGUAAACACAUCAUUAGGUAAUGAUUCUGAUAAGGUAGACAAGAACCAAUUAGAUGUUGUAGAAGGAAGCUCCAACAGUUUGUCCAAAAAAAAGAAGAGAAACAAAAAAAACAAGAAAGAAAGUCAUGAAAAUAAUGAAUAUGCAGGGGCUGAGGAAAAGAAGAACUUGGAAAACAUUGAUGUGAAAUGUUAUACAUCAUAUGCUGACAAGGUUUCUAAGGGAAAACCUGUAGCCUUAAAAAGUGGUUCUACUGUUGGACAUAGCAUACUAAGAGUUGAUAUCCCUGUAAAAAAUGGUUCGAGAAAUGAAGAAAAGAAAUCCCCUUCAUAUAAUUCUCAUCAAAAAAUUAAUAAGGGGAAAAACAAAGACUUUUUUGGAAGAAGGAUUAAUAUGGGCAAUGAUUAUUACAGAAAGGAAAAAUUCUGGAAUACUAAUGAGAAAAGAAGAAAAAGACCAUGCUCUUAUGAGAAUAAGGAAAGAGCAUCAUUUUAUAAUGAGAAAAGAAGAAAAAGAUCAUAUACUUAUGAUUACAGAGAAAAGGGAUCAAAUUCUGAUGCUAAAAGGGGAAAUAUAUCUAAUUUUGAUGAGAAAAAGGAAAGACCAUCAACCUGUUGUGAGAAAAUGGUCAAAUCUUCAAGUUCUGAUGAGAAAAGGGAAGAAAUAUUAUUCUCUGAUGAAAGAUUUGAAGAAAUAUUUUUCUCUGAUGAAAUAUUUGAAGAAAUAUCAAAUUUUGAUGAAAACAAGGAAAACAUGUGGAAGGUAGUUAAAAAAAGAGACAAGAAAAGGAAAGGUGAUCAGAAAAGGUUAAGUAGUUCAAGCGAAUAUUAUGAAAAAAAUAUAAUAUCAAGUUCUCAAGAAAACGAACCAAAAAAGUUGAACAUUGUAAAAAAAAGAGAUAGAAAGAUGAAAGUUGAUUCAUUAUAUUCCAAAACUAACAGGUUUCAAGAAAUCAAUUUGGAUGAUAAUGAAAAUAAGAAUAAAAUAUCGAACGUUGAUAAUCAAAAGUUGAUGACUUCAAAGAAUGAUCAGAAAAAAAAAAAGAAGAGUGUUGAAAAGAAGAAGGAAGAAACUUCUAAGGAUGAUGAAAAACAAGUAAAACAUGAUGCGAAAAAGACGAAAAAGGGAAAAAAAUCAAUGAAUAAAAAAAAAAUUUUAAAUGAUCUUGAGAAAAAUGAAAAAACAUCAAAAGUUGAAGAAAAGGAAAGAACCUUAACUGUUGGCAAUAGAACAGUAAACAUAGAUGAAAGGAAGGAAAAAAAAUCAAAUGGUGAUAAGAAAAUAGUCGAACGUGAUGGAAAAAAGAAUGCAAAUUUCAAAGUUGAAAAAAUAACAAAGGUUCAAGAUAAGAAGAAUGCAAAUUUCAAAGUUGAAAAAAUAACAAAGGUUCAAGAUAUGAAGAAUGGAAAUUUAAAAGUUGAAAAAAUAACAAGGGCUCAAGCAAAGAAGGAUGAAAAUUUAAAAGUUGAAAAAAUAGCAAAGGAUCAACAAAAGGAAAACAAAAAAUUAAAAGUUAGAGAACAAAUACGUAAGGUUCAUGGAAACAAAGAAAUAACAUCAAAUGAUUCGGAGGAGGAAAGAACGUCUAAAGAUGAUGAAAUUAUAAAGGAUGAGAAUAAAGAAACAGAUAAAAACAAAAAGAAGAAAAAAAAGAAAAGAAAAUCAAAAAAAAAAAACAACAAGAAAAAUGAAGUUGAAGUAGUAUCAAAUGAUGUAAAAUCUCAUCAAGUAGUUCAAGAGGAUAAGAACGAAAUACAGAGGGCUUUAGUAGAUAAUCAAGGUGCUGGUGCAACUAAAGAAGGGAAUCCAGAUGAAACAUUAUAUUUUAUAACAUAUUCAUUGCAAAAUAUAAUGAACUUACGCGAAAGGGCUACAAAAAUCAAUCUUGAUAAUAAGGAGAAAGAAUCAAACGUUACAAAUAACAAUGAGAACAAUAAUGUAUCCUUUUUAAAUUUGUUCGGUAAACCUUAUACAAUACAGCAAAGAAGAGAAAAAAUGGCAUCUAUUGAUGCAUUGGCUAAAGCAUUAGAGAACAAAUUAAAAGAACAAAAUAUGAAGAAGGAAGAUAAGGUUAAUAAUAAAUUAAAAAAAAACAAUAAAAAAAGAAAAAAUAAAAAAAAAAAAAAAAAUAGUAAUAAUAAUAAUAAUAGCAAUAAUAUAAAUAAUAAUAAUAAUAGCAAUGAUAUAAAUAAUAAUAAUAAUAAUAAUAGCAAUAAUAUAAAUAAUAAUAAUAAUAAUGAUAUAAAUAAUAAUAAUAAUAAUAAUAGCAAUAAUAUAAAUAAUAAUAAUAAUAAUAAUAAUAGCAAUAAUAUAAAUAAUAAUAAUAAUAGCAAUAAUAUAAAUAAUAAUAAUAGCAAUAAUAUAAAUAAUAAUAAACCGAUAUUACACAAUGCGGUGGACAAAACUAACAAUGCUGAAAAUAAAACACGUUUUGCUAAUAAUAGUAAUAAUUUAAAUAAUAUCACAAAUAAUACGAAUUCAAAUGUUAUAUGUGAGGAGAAUAAGGAAUUAUGUAAAGAUGUAAAUACUAAUGAAGAAACAAGUGAGAAACAGCUUCAAAACUAUCCUACACAAGUACCACAGACGAACGAAUUAACAUUAGAUGUUUUUAACGAAGAUAAUAAGAAGAAUUAUGUAGAAGAUGAUAAGCAAAAGUCCUUUGAUCAACCAUUAUUAAAAGAUAAAAAAUCAAAUGUAAGGAAUAAGUCAAAAAUUGAUCUGAACGAAUUAGAAUCAUGCAAAAGUAAUAUUUGUUCAGAUAAUCCCGUUCAAGACAUACAAUGCUUAUGUUCAGAAAAUCAAAAUGUCAAUAUUCCUAAACGUACGUCUGAUUCCUUAUGUAGUAUCAAUUCUAAUAUAUUUAAUAUUUCAGACUAUAUAAGAUAUAAUCUUUUUAGUUAUAUACACAUUUUAAAUAAUCAUGAAUUAGAUAUUCACCAAAGGCAAUGUAUAGAAGAAAUAGUAAAUUUCCAAGAUUCGAAAUUGAAAUGGAUAGAA